ACUUUGAGCCAAAUGCAAUUAGGGAUUGAUUAUGCACUUCCGGAAACAAUCAAUUUUGAUGAUUUGAUUGCACCCGAGGGUUUCGUUGUAACGGGGAUCAGAUUUAGAUUUGCCGGAGAUUCACUUGAUUUUCCAAAGCUAACGGCUGGCGCUAUCGAAUUGCAAGUUCGUGUAACCCCAUAUGAUUACGUCAGUGGCAAACUGAUUAACCAUGACCAAACACACUGGAUCGUUCCAAAAUACAAUGCUCCGAGAGACGAAUUGGUUUUAACUGACCCAGAUGUGCCAAUUGAGUCACCUGAAAAUACGAUUACCUCAAAAACCAAUCAGUUUAUUAGAUUCCGUGCUUCGGAUCUGAAAAAAGACGCUGGGCAAUCAACAGUUCCAUUUUUCGAUGCACAAGAUGUCGAUGCUGAUCACGAAUUUCCUUUAGGAGGAAUCGGAAUAAUUCAUCGGGGCCGGGAAGGUUACGGUGGAUUUUUGGCUUUCAAAAUCUAUGAUCUCGAUCUUUCUCGUUAUAUAAAUAGCAACCAUACUCCCUCUCCGUAGUAUGAUUGAAAAUUGUAUUUUUUCUUCUAUUGAUGCAUAAUACUAAUCUCAUAUCAUUAAUCCUUAAUCUUCCCUACACGCUAAAUUAACUCAUCUUUUUAUGUACCCAAGAGUAAAAAAAAUAAUCAGAUAAUUAAACUGUCAAAUGAGAAUGCAAAGGAGUAGACUGGUUCAAACUCCCAAAUUUCGAAGAAUAAUCCUCCUGAAGAAGGGUCUCUAU